AUGUUUCCCUGCUUGUCCGGCUCAUACAGGGGAGCAGAGAGCUUUAGGGUUCAGACAGCUUGGAGAAGCAACCCCUCCCUCCAGAGAGACGUGCUGGAUCUCGAGGCGAUCCUAGGAGGCCAAAUCCACUGCACCUUUGCAGAGUUUCUGGGGGCCGUUCCAGUGGGGCAGGACAAGCAAGAGGAAGCAGCUGCAGUAUCUGAUAAUGUGAAAGCAGAGGCCAUGACCAACUUGAAAAAGCUGGUUCGCAACAGAAGGAAUGUCCCCGUCGUGGCUGUGCCACAGUUCAAACGUCUGCCUGACUUCUGGGGAUGGUACAAAUACUUUAUGGACACCCACAACCAGGAGGGGGUGGAGGACCUGGAUCGUUUGUAUCUGGCUUAUUUGCAAAACAAACACAGGUCUGAGGAGGGGCCCACCUUCAACCACUACCUCAAACACCUCAGUGAAAUAUACAGAACCUGUGCUGAUUCCGAUGACCCAGAAUGCAUUGCUGAGUUUACCAGCAAGCCCAAAGCUGCAGUGGUCAUGCCUGCCCCUUUCAAGGCUGCUUCCACCAGGACGUGCGACCCCUACCUUGACCCCUACUGCCUUUCCUCCAAGGGUCCCGCACUAGCUCCAGCUAAGGUACCAGCUCCCAUCCUCGCCCCUGUGCUGCCCAUGAAGGGCCCCACUGGUUACUAUCAUUAUGGUCCAGUCUUGGAGCCUUUCCUGAGCCAUGAACAGCAGUCUGAGCUGCUCAGGAUCUGCCAACCUGAGGAUGUAGAAUGCCUGCAGUACCACCUGAGAGCAGCGUUUGGGUACCGCCCUGUGCUGGGUCCGGCUCCAUCCUAUUCUGCCCUCAAUUGUGACCCCAAGGAUCCUUACUGCAAGCCCCACUUGGUGCAAAAGGCCCCCAGUGGCUUCUACCACCUGAUGUACUCUAGCUGUGACCCAUCAGUGGAUCCUCUUUGUGUCAGUAAAGCUGCUCCUGCUCCCCUUGCAGCUGGGGAGGCACCCACAGAGCAGCACUGCAACCCUCUCUUUGAUGUGGGCUGCAACCCCCUAAGCGCCACAAGGCUUGCUAGCCUCACCAAGCCCGUCCUGGAGUACACCCCCAAACAUGCACUUCCUGCGGCUCCUCUGACUUGUGACCCACGGACCAACCCGUACUGCAUACUGGCAGCUGCUGCUGCCCUGCGCAGGCCCCCUGCACAGCUCCCCGAGCACCAGGUCCGCUACCAGCUUGGCAUCCGCGGCAAGACCAAGGAAGGCUACGACUGCUAUGUGCACUAUGACAAGGACUGCAGCCCAGUCAAGUCUGGCUCUGAGGCUCCUGAUGAACCCUUCUGCCACCCGUACGAUCCAAAUUGUGCAAAGUUUGCUCCACCUGGCGGCAUCGAGGCCCCAAAGCCCGGAAAGGACGGCAUUAUUCUUCCGGAUCCUGACUGCGACCCAGAGUAUGACUACAACUGCAGAUUGCGCCACGCCGAACCUGCCGCCUCUGCCGAUGAGCCAAUAGCUGAUGAAGAAAAUGGUGCAAAGGAAGCCAUUGUCCACCAAUAUGCUAUCCCACGCUUUGAGGACUUCUUCCGGGGUGUCCUGAGCAAGCACAAGUAAAUCUUACCACCAGCUAGGCAGUCUUA